AGAGAUGGGCCUAGCCGCCUAGUGUUUCAUAGUCCAAGGAUUUUCCUUGUUGGAAGCAAAACAACGAAGCAUCAAAGAGGAUUGCCCAGGAAGGUAAACGAGAGGGAAGAAAGAGAUGGAGACACAAGAGCAGCAGAACAAGUCUAGAGUUGUGAAGGUUGACUCUGUUGAAUCCUGGGAGUUCUAUGUUAACCAAGCUACAAAUCAAGGCUGCCCAAUUGUUGUACACUUCACUGCUUCAUGGUGUAUCCCUUCAGUGGCCAUGAACCCCUUUUUUGAAGAACUGGCCUCAGCUUUACAAGAUGUUCUGUUUCUCACUGUUGAUGUUGAUGACGUUAAGGAGGUAGCAACGAGGAUGGAGAUCAAGGCCAUGCCAACGUUUUUACUGAUGAGGGAAGGUGUUGUAGUUGAUAAGCUAGUCGGUGCAAAUCCAGAAGAGAUAAGGAAAAGGAUUGAUGGUUUUGUGCAGUCCAUUCGUGUAUAUGUUGCAUAGUAUCAAUGCUUGUGAUUUUAUACAUCUUUGAACGUGUAAAAUUAUAUGUGGUUGUCUUGUUCAUCUAAGACCAAGAGACUGUUUGCAUCAUUGAAGCAGAUGAUGUUUUGGUGAUUGUUAUUGUCUUGUAAGGAUAAAACAGAGAAUAGGAUUUUCAUUUGUA